AUGGUGUUACAAAACGCAUGGACACCACCCAUCACGGCUGAAACCCUUCAAGAGCUCUGCAUGGAUCAGAUCACAUCGAAUAUUCAGCUACGCCACGACCUACUAUUCGAUCGAAACCUACGGUUCAGACCAAAUUUUGAUGGGCCUUCAGGUAAAGCCAAGCAGCGCAAAGCAGAACGCUAUUGGGCACGUCUUGACCGUGCAUUUCAACAUCACCACAAGUACGCCAGCGAUUACGACGCGUUUUUGCCCGUACUCCUUGAUCAAGUGGUUGAGAGUCUUGCAUUAUUGCGUCACUUGGAAAAGUGGCCUCGUCAUAUCACCAUCGAUACCGUUCGUAGCAUGCUCAAUCCGGACGUGAUUUUGCGCGAGCUGGCAAACAAUACACUUGACUUGAGAGGUCGCGUCCAGUUUGUCAUAUCAGUGUUACAGCCCAUGUGUCCUGUCGAACAUCGACCGCGAAUCCAGCUGUUUUUCCUGUAUUUCAUACAGAAAUGCUAUGCCAAAGCUUUUCGCCAGUGCUUUGCUAUUAUUGAAGCUAUUCAACUGAAUAGUAGAGCCGGUCCUGACCAGCGUUCCAUUGAAGUGUGGCUAGCAAGUUCGCGUGACCAUCCUGACUGGAAUUUUCUCAAAGUGUAUCACACAGCACUGGUUCGAUUAACUACGAUGGAUCAUAUUCCUUUUCCAAACACAUUACAAUACGACCGACAGCGCCUUGUCCACCAAUUCCGUGCCGAAUUUAUAUACAUUACUACACUGGCAAUCCUCCUCAUACCCUACUACUACUUGGUUGGCAAAUGGUGGAACAAGACUGAUCUCCACGCGCUCAAGCUCAAAUUAACACAGCGGUUGAAACGAGCAGGAAUAGCAGCAGCAGCAAACCCACAUCAACAACAACACCAUAACAGCCAGUACCAAUACUAUGCUAUCUAUGCAUGUGAGGCUGCCAUGGCAACACACGCUAGUGAUAAGAAGAAGCAUACCAGCCAGCAACACUAUUUGCAAUUGGAGAAACCAUGCACGGUGCUAUGGUGGGCAGAUUGGUUGAAACGGCACAUGAAUGGCUCGUCGGAAAUCUACAACAUCAUGCAUGAUCGGGUGUUUCAUGUGGUGAAGCGCGUUUCACAAGGCCAGCUGCAACAGCAUGACCUUAAUAGUAAUACCCUCAAGCCCUUGAAUCGAGAAAUACUCGCCUUGGGUCUACGAAUUAGGGCUGUGGCAGACUUGAACCUUGCCACGUAUGGUACUCUGUACCAACAGGUCUGGCAUAAGAUGACCAACAGCUUCAAGUUCUGA